CUUUCGCGACCAAAGCUCGACUGUCUUCGACUGUGAGAUUCUUUGUUUGUUUGAGUUUAGAACGAACCGAGCUGGAGGCAAGACUGCGGGACUACAAGUCUCGAAUCAAGGACUCAGCUACGAUCUUCCCUACCCUUCUCUUGUUUUGUUCAGUGAUCGUUCGUGUUCGUGUCCUGCUGCAAGUGCAAUUGUGUACAUAUGAGUGCAUGUGCAUAGUGUCUUUGAAAAGUGAAAACACGUUAAGAAACGAAAACAAAAUCAAUCGAAAUAAAAUAGACCGAAUUAUGAAAUUCCCACGUCGGUGUAAAGUGAGAUGAUUUGAGGCCUGAAGUUACAAAAUUCCUUUCCCGUUCCGUCGCCCCAACACCAUGCUUGGCAAACUCAAAAGGAACGCAUUCAUAUCGGUUGGAUUGGGAUUCAUAUUGAUAUGGCUGAGCGAAGCAACGGAGACCCAAGUGAACUACACAGCCAAGCCGCGAGUGGUUCUUCCGCCUAAUUAUGUCAAGGAAAUACGACCGCCCUCGAAGAAGGGAUCCCCAGUGAUAGUAGACUUUAGCAUUUUUGUUGUAGAUAUUAACUCAAUUAACGUAGAGGAUAUGGACUUUAGAGUAGACAUGUUUAUACAUCAGUGCUGGCAUGAGCCACGACUGGAGAUCCCCGACGACAUCUUCGAGGAGGGCGACGACUAUGUGACACUGCUUCCAGAAGUCUUUGAGAAUUUUUGGCAGCCGGAUCCGUACUUUCUCAAUUCGAAGAUUGCCGGAUAUGGAAGUCCAUAUGUUGCGUCCACCUCUAUGCUACGCAAUAAGGGUGAAAGAGAUUCGAAAAACUUUCAUCUGAACAAAGAUUUAAAAAUAGCGACUCUGACACACAAGUUCACAUCAGUGACGCUGUAUAAAAACAAGACGGUUCGCUAUGCGGCGCGGAUGCAUGCCAUCAUUGCCUGCCAGAUGGAGUUCCAGCUGUACCCCAUGGACAUACAAGUGUGUCCCAUCCACAUUGAGAGCUUCUCAUCGAACAACCAGAAGGUGAAGCUCCGCUGGUCGGACUCGGGCGUGACCCUCAAUCCGGAACUGAAGCUCCUGCAGUACAAUCUGGGCCAGCCCCUGCAGCUGGAGGAGAGCGAUGGCUACAUGCCGGAGAAGGUGGGCAAUUUCUCGCGGCUCACCGUGUUCUUCCGCUUCGAGCGCCAGAUCGGCCAUCAUCUCAUCCAGACGUUCGCCCCCUCCUCGCUGGUGGUGAUGCUCUCCUGGUUCAGCUUCUGGCUGGGACUAGACGCCAUACCGGGACGGGUUACUCUGCUUGUGACCUGCAUGCUGACGCUGGUCACCAUGUUCACGGGGGCGGACAUUCCCCCAGUGGCCUAUGUGAAGGCCCUGGACCUGUGGAUGGCCGGCUGCAUGCUGUCCGUGUUCGCAGCCCUGGCCGAGUUCGUUGUGGUGAAAGUCCUGGACGUACAGUACCAGUACCAGGUGAACCGCAUACCCAAGGUACUGCCAAUGCGCAUCAGUAACAUGGAAAAAGGUCAAUGUGCAACGGUGGCUAGCUGGGAGGGCGGAGCCGUGCGGUCGCGUAAAGCCACCCAAACGCCCACGACGCCCGGACAGACAUCGCUGCAGGGAAACGGAGGACCGCCGAAGCCGGCGCGGCGGCAGAGCCUACUUUCGGUGGCAUGGACGGACACGGACACGGGCGUCGAGAAGAUAAUGUGGCGGGAGAUCGAUAAGGUCUCCCGCGCUGUCUUUCCCAUACUAUUCUUUGUAUUUGUUCUCCUGUACUGGCCGAUCCUGCUGAUGAAGUCGUCCUAGGACUUGGGGAGUUCCAGAUUGCAUAUGUCUGGACUCCGUUAAAAACUCUAUAGGCAAUGGGCGGUAAAUCUGACAAAUUAAACUCAAGUUUUGAAGACACACAGUGUAAUAUCAAAAAGAAGAGUCUUUGAACCUCAAAAUCUAUCAUCGAAGUACAACCAACAAGUGAAAACUACAGUUACCUACAUAAGUAAUUGCCAGCAGCUACAAUGCUACAUAUUCCUAUAUCGGACACACUGUGCUAGGAACGAAAUAUAACUAAGUUAUCGACAAUUUGCUCACGGAGAAUACUUGAUUCGUUUGGAGUAUUUGCUUUGUAUAAAACGUAUCUUAUAUUUAACGAUAAUUUUAGUUUCACAUUAAUUUUAAUCUAUGCUACGAGGGACACCACUCACAGAACUACGAGUAUAUGCUUGAGCUGCAGUCCUACCUAUGUAUGAUUUGGCUUUGCAGUGAAUUUCUUUAAUCUCAGCACACACAUUUGUCAAUGAGAUAAGCUGGAGAAUAUAUAUUUAUAUAUCACUGUGCUAGUGACAAUAUACCCCUGAAUCGAAAGGGAUGGCUGUCCCUGCUUUGAAAGUAUUCAAUACAUAUCGUAUGUAUGCGCAUACCUAGUAUGUUCGAGCUACGAAACGAGACAGCUAUUUUCUAGCAGACAGCUAUUUUCAGUUGAAUUUUUGUAUUAGGCUUAGGCAAAUCAGCCAAGAAAUUGCAUUGGUGCUUUAAGGAGAUAAUAAAAUGGCCUUUAAGGAUAUUUGGAUUGUAAAUAACUUAACAGAGGAACAGUGAACGCUUUUUAGAGAUUUUUACAUACAUAUUUAGAAUUAUUUAUCCAUUAUAGCGUAUUUUUAUGCAAGCAUUAGAGCUGUGGCUUUUACAACUAAUUCGAGAACAUCUAUGUAUUGUAUAAACCGACCUGUAGUUCAAGCAGCGCACACCAGGCAUCAGGCAGGUUUUUGUAAACAUAUUAUUGUUAAGCUAAAUCGAGUUUAUAUUUGAUAUGAAAAUACAGACACAAUGUAAAUACAUUAUAUCACUAUAUUAACAUAAAUAUAUUUAUCUAAGA